AACUUAAAAUGAUAAAUGACCAUAUAUAAGAUAAGAUCUGGUCGUAUUUUUAACCCAGAGGGAUCCUUCAAUCUUGUACCCCCAGGAUGUGACCCACACCAGUCAACUAACACCCAGGUUGGCGGUGGUGUGCGAGGUUGCAACAGAUGGCAGCACUCACCACAGAAACACAACACUACGCCAUUGUCACUCCGCUCAGCAGGGACAUUACCGUCUCUUACUUCAUUAUUACCAAGCACAGCACGCAGCUCCUUCAUGCGCUUACCCGAUAAUAGUCCUGGUGGGAGUGAGUCCAGUGGUGGCUUUGGUAGUGCCAGGAUGAAUCCCAACGCUGAGCCUGACUUUUCUGAGUUUAUGUGGAUGGCCGAGGAGGAUCUGGAGGCCUUUGACCACAAGGUGAUCUGUGAGGUGAACCAAGUAAUGAUGGAACAGUCAAGUACCCUGAGGGAGGACGAGGAAGAAUUCCUCCGUCGCAUGUUGGAGGAGGAAGAGCAACGUGACACUGUCUACUACCAUCAGUACCAGCAGGAGAAAAUGAGAAAUGAUGCUACAUCUAGUUUAGCUUCAAGUAUGCAGAAAAUGGGAGUAAAUGAAACUGUAGCUGCUAAGAGUACCUUGAACCCUUAUGCUGCCGAGUUUAUCCCAGGGAAGAACUUCACCCGACCAGCAGAAACCCCAACUCUUGUUCACCACACUAAUGGAGAUAAGAAGAGUUCAUAAUGGAAAAAUUCACUUAAGGGUGUGGAAAGAGGGAAAAUCUGUUAACUGUGGAUGAUACUCGUCAUAAAGCAGCUUUUGUUAAUUACUAUAUUGGGUUAUAAAAAUGUCAUUUAUGGAUGCAGUAUAUUGUAAUGCCUAUAAUAUAUGAAAUUAAUAGCAUUAAGUCACCGGUAGACGUGAUUAUUUUUAAAGAAAUUUUUUUACUUGCAAUUUUUAUGAGUACUCAGUCAUUUUUUCCCCAUUGUAAAAAAUAUCCAAAGUCAUAUUUCUUUACAAAUGUUGACUGCUUAUGGUUAUUUUGGUAUGUGGCCUUCAGAAAUUGGCAGAGUUGAUGAAGUAGAUUUUUUUUUUUAUGAGCAAUAAGAGUGACAAUGAUGCAAGAGUGAAAACAAUAUCCAGGUAGUGUAGCUUCUUUCUGCUUGUUCAUGUUGGUGUGUAUGUUGGCUGUCAUGUUUGAAGAAAAAAAUCUAAAUACAUUGAAGACAUUGAAUUAAAAUUUUAUUUGUAGUAUAAGCUGAAUUUAAGUUUUAUUUGCAUUAUCAUUGCUGAAAUGAUCACCAUCUAAGGGCCUUCGUUACCUUCAAAGUCACCUUUAGCAUGUGAAGAGGAUUGGUUUAUUAUUUUUUAAUGGUUUUUAACUUCAAAAAGUAUGAGAAUCCUCAAGUAAAUUGUAUUGUUCAUUCCUUUUUCCAGAUUGUCCUAUUUCUUGUAGGUUUCCAGAUUUUGAUUUGUAUGGUUUGUUUUACGUAUGGAAAUUGUCAUCUUAAAAUUUGUAUUAUUUGAUUUUAUAAAAAAAAAAAAACAGGUUUUCAGAAAUCAACUUUUAAUUAUGAUUCUGGAAGGUACUGUAUAUAAAAUAAUGGCAUGUACAGUAUUCACUGUUCAAAAAUUCCCAAGAGUAGUUCACAUUUGAAAUACAAUGUGAAGUUGAAGUCCCGGUUGUGCUGUAAUGUCUGGUGUUAGAUGCUGACUAGUAAAUUUAAGGACAAGUAUUUGAUAGGUGUAAUUUUAUCUUAGUACUUUGGCUCAUGAACUUUGCUUAUUUCUUUUGGUGUAAUUGAAAUGAGAAGACAUUACAUUUGUG